CUUUCGAAGUCAUUCAGUUCAUUGUGGUCGGCCGAUCUGAAUGGUUGUGCUGAAAGUGUCUUCCACAUGACUUAAAUCAUCAAUAUUCUAUCGAGUGGUUUUUGAAUAAUUGUCUGAGAGUUUCACAUUCUGUACACUCUCAAAGUUAUAUAACCGUCGGUCAAUCUUUCUGUGUCAUCUCGUUGUUUUGACAAACAAGAGAUCCAAUUAUACACUCAUCAAUGUUCAACAAGAUAUAUUGUCGCCGCGUGAAUGAAAACAGAUUUUUGUGUAUGGUGCAAACAAUUGUUGAAUCAAUGAGAAAACAUUUUUGAGGUGUCUACAUCUUGAAUAUUCAAUAAGUCAUUAAUGAAAAAAUCAUUCGUGCUGAAGCUGUCAACCUCGAAGCAUCGCAUCAAUCAUGAACAGAGGAGUUCAGAAUGUCACAAAUAUCCAGCAGUGGUGGUUCCAGCGUUCUAUUUUAGAGAUAUUAUUAAUCCUAAUGAGUACACUAUCACUAAUUGGAAUAAUCGUAUCACUUUCUAUCGUUGUUGCUGAGAAACAUGAAUAUGAAUCCCAGAUAAAUAAAGGUGCUGAUGUGUGUCUAACACCUGAAUGCAUUCAUGCUGCAUCACUCAUGCUCGAUCAGAUGGAUGAAACAGUUGAGCCUUGUGAUGAAUUUUACAAUUUUGCAUGCGGCAAUUUUUUGAAAGAAACCAUGAUACCCGAUGAAAAGAUAUUGAUCAAUACAUUUUCGAAAAUUGACGACAAACUUCAGGAAAGUUUACAUGCAUUGAUUAGCGACAAAGUUAAUCCAAACGAUUCGGCACCAUUUAACAUGGUUAAAAACUUGUACAAAGCAUGCAUGAAUAGAACGUUGAUUGAACAUCGCGGAUUAAAACCAUUGACUGCUAUCACGGAUCAGCUCGGCGGAUGGCCCGUUGUCAAAGAUGAAUGGGAUACGAAGUCUGAAUGGAGCUGGACUUGGGCUGUUAAGGAGUUUCGUAAAGUUGGAUACAGUACGGAUCAUAUAUUCAGUUUUUCCAUUGACGUUGAUUUGAAAAAUUCAGCAACUCAAAUUAUUUAUAUAGAUCAGGCUGCGCUCGGUUUGGAUCAGGAAUAUUUGAUCAAAGGAUUGGACGAUGACAUCGUUAAGGCAUACUAUGAAUACAUGGUUGAUAUUGCCGUUAUAUAUGGUGCCGAUCGCAGCCGUGCCAACAGAGAGCUGAAGGAAUCGCUUGAGUUUGAAAUGAAAUUGGCCAAUAUCUCUCUGCCGAGUGAGGCACGAAGAAAUUUCACAGCACUCUACAAUCCAUAUACAUUGAAACAAGUGCAGCAGAAGUAUCCGUUCAUUCAAUGGGUUAAAUACAUAAAUGCCUUAUUACCGUCGCCACUGUCAGUUGACGAGAAUGAGGUUAUUGUGAUAAAUGUGCCGUCUUAUUUCAAUAGUUUGGGACAGUUGUUGCAAGACACACCGAAACGUAUCAUUGCGAACUAUAUGAUGUGGCGCGUUACAAAAUUCUCAUCACUGUUCCUGACUAAUGAAAUACGCAAACGACAAUUGGUGUAUAACACAGCCAUCAGCGGUGCGCAGGAACAAGAUGCAAGGUGGAAAGAAUGCACUGACAUUACGAGUGGAAACAUGGAGAUCACUAGUGGAGGUUUAUCAAUAGCCGUUGGUGCGCUUUAUGUGCGAAAAUACUUUCGACAUGAUUCGAAGGCUGCUGCACUUGAAAUAGUGCAUGAAAUCCGCAAAGAAUUUGAACUCUUAUUGAGAAAAGUUAAUUGGAUGGACGAUGAAACACGUAAAUCCGCACUCAACAAAUUGAAAGUCAUGUCUACUCACAUCGGCUACCCAGAUGAGAUUAUGGAUAAUGCUAAAAUUGAAAAAUACUACGAAAACUUGAAAAUCAAUGAAAAUAACUAUCUUCAAUCCGUUUUGAAUAUGACCAUAUUCGACACAGAUUUUGAAUUUGGAAAACUACGUAAACCAGUUAACAAAACUGAUUGGGUCAAUUUUGCGCACACAGCCGUUGUCAAUGCUUUUUAUUCGGUACCAGAAAAUAGCAUAGAAUUCCCAGCAGGUAUUCUACAAGAGCAAUUCUUUUCAGCCGAUAGACCUCGUUACCUAAACUUUGGAGCAAUCGGCUCUGUUAUUGGUCAUGAAAUUACCCACGGAUUCGAUGAUGAGGGCUGUCAAUUCGAUCUCAAUGGCAAUCUCAUUGAUUGGUGGAACGAAAAAACCAAAGAACACUACUUGGAGAAGGCGAAGUGCAUCAUUGAACAGUAUGGAAAUUAUACAGAAUCUUCGACCGACUUAAAAGUGAACGGGAUACUCACCCAAGGUGAGAAUAUCGCUGACAAUGGAGGCAUCAAGGAAGCAUAUCUCGCUUAUCAAAAGUGGAUAGAAAAAAAUGGUCCUGAACGAAAAUUACCCGGUUUAAAAUAUACUCCGCAGCAAAUGUUCUGGAUUUCAGCAGCCCAAAAUUGGUGUGCAGUAAAUCGUCCAGAAAUGAUGAACUUACAAAUAACAACGGAUCCACAUGCUCCAGAACGAUUCCGUGUGCUCGGACCAUUCAGUAAUCGGCCAGAAUUUGCCAGAGAUUUUAAUUGUCCAGUAGGUUCGCCAAUGAACCCAACUAAGAAGUGCGAAGUUUGGUAAUCAACUGUGUUGAUAAAAAACGUAGAACAAUCAAUUAUUCAAUGAAUAUUUUCGAGAAAAA